UUCAGUGAACUGAAAUUUAAGGGGAGGGGAGUUAAGUUCGUUUCGGGCUUUUGAGUAAUUUUAUUUAUUUUAAAAUAUAAUUAGUUUAAUGAGAUCAACGUUCGCCUUAUUUAUUAGUAAAAGUUAUGGAGUUCGAUUGGAACAAUUAUUUAGAAGAUACUAAAAGUAUUGCUGUCCCUGAAGAAUUAUUUUCUCAUGUCGAAGCGAGUCUCAACAAUGGCAUCAAGCAAGGCAUGCUUCUGGAAGUUUGUCAUAAAAAUAAUCCGGACGUAUACUGGAUAGCCGAUAUCACCAUGGUUUGUGGCCAUCUCCUCAGAAUUAAGUUUAUAGGCGCCGAAACAGACUUCUGGUGUGAUAUAUCCACCACAAAAGUUCACCCAUUAGGCUGGUGCGGAAAAUAUGACGAGUUGGUCGAACCCCCAGAUGAGAUAAACGAUAGAUGUGGAGACACGAUCAUUGAAAUAAUGAAGAAAGCUCUUUUGGUCGGUAAAUCGGUAUCAAUUGAGGCACUUAAUAAUAAAGGAUUGUCCCCAAUUGAUAGAAUUAAAGUGGGGAUGAAAGUGGAAAUUCAGAAUGUUAUUGAUCCUUAUAGAUAUUGGAUAGCGACAGUUCGCGAAAAUGUCGGCGGGCGUCUCCUAUUACGCUACGACGGUGCAGACGAGGACUUGCAACAAUUUUGGAUAUUUUUUUGCAAUCCUCGACUAAGUAGUUUUGGCUUUGUCACAAACAAGGGUUCUCCGUGGCAGUUUAAAUAUCCGGGCAAAGUGAAUAAAUUCUCGUGUAAAAAUAAACUUAGUGCUCAAUUGAGACAAAGCGCCGAAGAAUCUAUCAAGGAACCGACACCGGCUGAUUUGUUUCAGCCAAAUCCAACAUUAGAAGCUCACAGCUUCGCCACGGGUAUGAAAUUAGAAGCACUAAGUCCACUAGACAUGAACACGUUCUGUCCAGCAACUGUUACCAAAAUCUUCAAUAACUUACAAUUUUUGGUCGUAAUCGAUGACCAUAUCGAUGAUUACGAAGACACCAAAAUGGCAUGGAUGUGUGACAAUAUGCAUCCCUACAUAUACCCCAUAGGCUGGGCACAGAGAAACAAACUCGAGCUGAAACCACCCAAAAAAUGGACAGAAGGGGCAUUUGAUUGGGAAGAAUAUCUUUCGAUGACUGCAUCUGUUCCUGCACCGGAUUACUGUUUUGGUAACAAGGAUCUCUUAAAAGGUAUCGAUGUUAAUAUGAAAUUGGAAGCUGCAAACCCUCUUAACCACGAAGAAAUACAUGUGGCGACAGUCGAGUCCAUAGUAGAGCAUAUGUUAUAUGUCGAACUCCUGCCAAUCGGAGAGAAAUAUUGGUUCUCUCAAGAUAGUGAUCUCCUUUUCCCCGUGGGAUGGUGUGACAGCAAUAAUUAUGAGCUGCACAUACCUGACAUGAAUCCGAAAGAACCACCAAAACCGAUAGAAGAACCGAAAACUAUUAAAGAAGAUUUAAAAUCGACUGAAGAAUGGUGCGAUCGAAUAUUCUUUAACUACAAAUGUUAUGCAGGGCCAUCGAUAAGUCGAAACAAGUUGUCCCAACUACCGAAGGCCGUCGGUCCCGGACCGCUGCUGCUCGUGUUAAAAGAAGUGCUAAACAAGAUAAUAUCGGCUUCUUACAAACCGGCGAAGUUACUAAAAGAUUGGGAAACUGAAGGACCGCCGGAAGAAGGCAUGAGACUUGAAAUGUUGAGAGCGAAACUAAAAACCAGACCCUACCACGCCUACGUCCCGAUAGUGACGUCAUCGGACCAGGUGGAGUCGUUUUGUCGCGACGUGUGCGUAAAGCUACAAGCCUGCCCUAGCCUGUUUGGUCCCGUCGAAUAUCCAGAGCAGUGCCCAAACAUGUGCCAGCAAGUUGAAAAGUCUACAUUCCAUAAUGGGACGGAACGUCGCGGUAGACCAAAAGGCAGUGUGAACGGUAGAAAGAAAAAGAAAAAGGUAGCUCCGGAAAAAAGAGAGAAAGAACAACCUCCACAAGAAGUUGAGAGCAAUAGAGAUGGUGAAUCUGUUGAGAGUGAACACAGUGCAGGGUCUACGCCGCCUUCAGAAUCGGGAACUAGGCCAAACUCACCUGACAGUGUGUCGGAUUAUAAGAGAAGCACUAGAAGAAAACGUGAAAUUAAAAGCAAUUACCCGAAAAUGGAAAUGAAAACACGAGGUGCAAAAUUACCGAAUUUUGCACUACAAAUGAAAGAAGCGCAUUGGAACAAGAAAGAUGUUGAAACUAUUUAUAGUAACUCUUGCGUAUCUAAGAAACAAAACAACGCAGACAGCGAUACAGAAAAUGAGACUAAUGAAAGCAGUUGUAAUUCGAGGGAUGCCAAAAAUAUUUCGGACGUUUCGGAUUCGGAAGAGCCAGAGCUAAAGAAACUAAAAUUUAGUACAAAUGACCCUCUACCGUCGGAUAAUAAAAUGUUUGAAAAACACACGGCCAUGACUUGGAUUAAAGGGAAGGGAAAAUUAGCUCGGAAUCCCCUGGAUUGGUCUGUUGACGAUGUAUAUGAUUAUUUAAGUAGUACUGAUGACUGCAAACUAAUUGCUGACAAGAUGAAGCAAGAAGAAAUCGACGGACAGGCCUUUAUAAUGCUUGAUCUACCAAUUAUAACACAUUUUUUGCAUAUGAAAAAGGAAUUUGCAAUGCAAUUGUGCAAGCACAUAACUAUGGUUAGGUGGUAUUACAUUGUUAAUUUCGAAGAGAAUGGUGAAACGUGA